GACCGGUUACAAAUGCUGAUGCCGCUUCUGUGAGCCUUUCCACUCGGAGGAGAAAUCUCUUAUCCCCACCCCCAAGCCCACCUCUAGGAUGUAAGUAACGGUGAGAAGAUGAGGAUGGAAACAGCGCGGUGUGAGUGACUGGAAAUCCAGCAGCCUGGUUUAGCUGCAGUGUUAUGUAGGAGUCGUCUUCAGACUUCUUACCUUUGGUUUUUCGGCACAAACUGCUUGCAGGUUUACGAAGGCUGUGAAAGGACUUACCGUUUGUGUGAUAGUGUUUUCUGUGUAUCGUCAUAUUACCUUGCUUUUUCCCUGGACAGCUGUGUUCAGAGCUACAUGUGGGAAUCUUUCUACUGAAGAGAGAUAAAAAGGAUCCUUAUUCUACUUCUCUUUCGAUCUUUCUAUUUUUAUGGUAUAAAUUUGUCUAUUCAUGGGGCUGAAAAGCGUGUGCAAAUCUGUCAGAGGAGAACUGCAUCAAGCUACCCAGUGUCACAGCAUCCCCCUGUGGAUGGGCAUCCCUCAAUCCCACAAAUCAGAGGGUCAAUAAAAAUGGAAGCCUCAUCUUCCGGAUCUACGAUUUCAUCAGUCACUGGUAGAAAAGCAAAAACCCAUCAGCCAGAAGGAAGAGAGGAUUUGCAGGUUAACCAGCUGGAAACGCAAAUAUGGAUAAAACCAGACAUACAGAAGACAGAUGUGGACUUUUCAGAAAUUCUUAAUGCAAUACAAGAAAUAGCUAAGGAUGUCAACAUUUUUUUUGAUGAGUUAGAAGGUGUGAACAGUCCUUCCAAAGAUGAUGAUUCCCUGCUUCACCAUGGUAACUUGACCAGUACUUCUGAUGAUGCCAGCAGGCUGGAAGUUGUGGGAGAGGAAGUACCUGAUAAGAACAAAACAAACGGACUAUAUUUUAGAGAUGGGAAAUGUCGGAUUGACUACAUCCUUGUGUAUAGAAAAUCUAAUCCACAGACAGAGAAGAGGGAAGUAUUUGAGAGAAAUAUCAGAGCAGAAGGACUUCAAAUGGAAAAAGAAUCAUCCCUAACAAACAGUGACAUCAUGUUUGUGAAACUGCAUGCCCCUUGGGAGGUCCUGGGCAAAUAUGCUGAACUAAUGAAUGUAAGAAUGCCUUUCAGGCCCUUUAACCCCUUCAAUGCUGGAGCCCCCUGCAUACUUGUGCGCUGCUGUUUUUUAAAUGGACAUUUCAUUGAAAUCAAUGGGAGGUCAAGAAGAUCCAGGAGAAAAAUCUAUUACCUGCAUCGCCGAUACAAGUUCAUGAAUAGGAUCGAGAAACAAAUAAGCAGGUUCCGAGGAUGGUUGCCCAGAAAGCCAAUGAAACUGGACAAGGAAACACUGCCAGAUCUGGAGGAGAAUGACUGCUAUACUGCUCCAUUCAGCCAACAAAGGAUCCAUCACUUCAUAAUACACAACAAAGACACUUUCUUCAAUAAUGCUACAAGAAGUAGAAUUGUACACCAUAUCUUACAAAGAGUGAAAUAUGAAGAAGGGAAAAACAAAAUUGGUCUGAAUCGAUUGCUCAGUAAUGGCUCCUAUGAAGCUGCAUUUCCUCUUCAUGAGGGAAGUUACAGAAGUAAGAAUUCAAUAAAAACCCAUGGAGCAGAAAACCACAGACACCUACUCUAUGAGUGCUGGGCUUCCUGGGGAGUAUGGUAUAAAUACCAGCCACUGGAUCUUGUAAGACGGUAUUUUGGUGAGAAAAUUGGGCUGUACUUUGCCUGGUUAGGCUGGUACACAGGGAUGCUCUUCCCAGCUGCCUUCAUUGGAUUGUUUGUCUUUUUGUACGGAGUCACAACUUUGAACCACUGCCAAGUCAGUAAAGAAGUCUGCCAAGCUACAGAUAUCAUAAUGUGUCCUAUAUGUGAUAAAUACUGCCCCUUCAUGAGAUUGUCAGACAGCUGCAUUUAUGCCAAGGUAACCCACCUUUUUGACAAUGGAGCUACUGUAUUUUUUGCUGUUUUCAUGGCAGUGUGGGCCACUGUUUUUCUGGAGUUUUGGAAAAGAAGGAGAGCAGUAAUUGCUUAUGACUGGGACUUGAUAGACUGGGAAGAAGAAGAGGAGGAAAUACGUCCGCAGUUUGAAGCCAAAUACUCCAAGAAAGAACGAAUGAACCCCAUAUCUGGGAAGCCAGAGCCUUAUCAAGCAUUUGCAGAUAAAUGCAGCAGACUCAUCGUUUCUGCAUCUGGAAUAUUUUUUAUGAUCUGUGUGGUGAUCGCUGCUGUUUUUGGCAUUGUUAUUUACCGUGUUGUGACUGUCAGCACUUUUGCUGCCUUUAAAUGGGCUUUAAUCAGGAAUAACUCUCAGGUUGCAACUACAGGGACUGCAGUGUGCAUCAACUUUUGCAUCAUCAUGCUACUGAAUGUGCUGUAUGAAAAAGUUGCUCUUUUCCUGACAAAUUUAGAGCAGCCUCGUACGGAAUCGGAGUGGGAGAACAGCUUCACUCUGAAAAUGUUUCUUUUUCAGUUUGUCAAUCUGAACAGCUCUACCUUUUAUAUAGCAUUCUUCCUUGGAAGAUUUACAGGACACCCUGGUGCCUACUUAAGGCUGAUAAACCGGUGGAGGCUGGAAGAGUGCCACCCUAGUGGAUGCCUUAUUGAUCUCUGUAUGCAAAUGGGUAUUAUAAUGGUUUUAAAGCAGACAUGGAAUAAUUUCAUGGAAUUGGGAUAUCCGCUAAUUCAAAACUGGUGGACCAGGAGAAAACUACGGCAAGAGUAUGGCACACAGGGAAAAACAAGCUUCCCACAGUGGGAAAAGGACUAUAAUCUGCAGCCCAUGAAUGCUUAUGGACUCUUUGAUGAAUACCUAGAAAUGAUUCUUCAGUUUGGGUUCACAACCAUUUUUGUGGCAGCUUUUCCCUUGGCACCACUUCUGGCCUUACUAAACAAUAUUAUUGAAAUUCGGCUUGAUGCUUACAAAUUUGUUACUCAGUGGAGAAGACCUUUAGCUUCAAGAGCCAAAGAUAUAGGCAUCUGGUAUGGGAUCCUGGAAGGCAUUGGAAUUCUUUCAGUUAUCACAAAUGCAUUUGUUAUAGCAGUGACAUCAGAUUUCAUCCCUCGCCUCGUUUAUGCUUACAAAUAUGGACCUUGUGCUGGCCAAGGAGAAGCAGGACAAAAGUGUAUGAUUGGCUAUGUUAAUGCCAGUUUAUCAGUAUUUCUGGUGUCUGACUUUGAAAACCGUUCAGAGCCAACAUCAAAUGGAAGUGAAUUCUCUGGGUCACCAUUAAAAUAUUGCAGGUACAGGGACUACCGAGACCCUCCGCACUCCCCAGUGCCCUAUGGUUACACGCUGCAGUUCUGGCACGUCCUAGCAGCGCGCUUGGCCUUCAUCAUUGUGUUUGAGCACCUUGUCUUUUGCAUAAAGCAUCUGAUCUCCUACUUAAUUCCAGAUCUUCCAAAAGAUCUGAGAGAUCGAAUGAGGAGAGAAAAGUAUCUGAUUCAGGAAAUGAUGUAUGAAGCUGAGCUAGAACGUCUGCAAAAAGAGCGGAAGGAAAGGAAAAAGAAUGGAAAAUCUUAUCACAAUGAAUGGCCAUGACAGGAUGAGGAAGAAACUGCUUAAGAGAUGAUGAGAACUCUUGUUCAUAAAAAAAUUCCUGGUUUCCUACAGCAGAGACUGCAUUGAAAAGAAUAGUCAGUAAUGUUGUGUGCAUUUAGCACACAUGUGCCCCUCUUCAAUAGGGUGGAUUUUGUAAUAAGCCUUUUGAAAUUAGAAGUGUUUCCAAGGCUUAGUCUUCUCUAGAGCUGAUGUCAGCAUGAGCAUAUCAGAUCAAUACUAAGUCUCUGCACUCUUGCCAGGAAGCUCCCAGGCCCUGACUAAAAUUUGAGGCCCUGAACUUCAAAGCAGUUACAAAACUUCCAGUGCUUUACAGAACUUGGUGAUCUUAUGGUUCAUUCUCAUGAAGUUGCUACUUCAUAAACAGUGACUACGCCUUGGCAAUGUGGCAGUGUUUGUCUGUGUGUGUGCACCACCUGCAGCACGUGCAUGGCAGCGUUGCUCCCUUCCACAGUGAACCCAAUGCGUUAGUUUGCAUUUGCCACCAGUUAAGGUCACGUAGGUGGAUCAUUUCCAUUGCUCAACAAUACUGAAGUAUUAUCUAGAAGGAGAUGCAUGACCAUAAGUCUGAUCGGCUGGCCAAACAACACUGAAAAAUGUAGGCGUCAGAAGUGCAGACAGAUAGCCAAGCAUCUCAAUGUGGCCAGAGGUAUCUAGCUGUAGGGUCAUCUAUUUGGAAAUGACACUGUGAAAAGUUGGUAAUAUAUGUUAAAGUUUUGAACAGUGCCUUUUCAGCUAUAGGAUUGUCUGGUGUCUGAAGGAAUCAAAUCAGCUUAGGGCAUCUUGCCCAGAACUGCCCAUGUAUUUGUGUUGCCAGAUCACAUGGAGGCCUAGUCAGGAAUUGGGGUGUACUUACACACGUAACAGAUGUUAGACAGUGUGUCUUAAAGACCUAUCUGCCUAAGUAAAACAAACGAACAAAAAAAGACAGAUGAAGAAGGUCAGCAGAAUAAAACACAGCCAUCCAGAAUAUCUACACUUGUAGCACUUUCUGUAUUCAUCAUUCCAUUAUCUAUGAAGGGAUAGAGGGAAAAAACAAAACAACAGACUAUAGUAUGAAAAAGCUUGAAAUCCUUAAUGCAGAGCAAUUCUACACAGGUGUAAAUUAGACUUGGGCAAAAAAAGCCACUAUCAAUAUCCUUCAGAAAAUUCCUUAGUAUUGAGAAAAUAAGAAUUUUUUAUUUAAUUAAGAAAUUUUAAAUUUCCAGAUUAUUAACCCAAAAAGAGUGGACUUGGAGCUUUGAAGACAUCCUAAGUGUUGGAUGGAACAACAUGAAUCAAAGUACUGAGUGUUUUGAAAGCUCUUCAAUCAGUUUCUAAAAGUUAUUCUAGAAGUAAUUUGAUAGAAGGAGUAGAGUUUGCCCUUCUGGACAGAUCACACAAUGCAAGAUCCUAUGGAUGGAUACCUCAAGCUCCACAUGACAACAGGGCCAUUUGCACCAAGACAAAUAUCACCAAAUUAGAUCUAUUAACUUUUUUCCACUGCAAAGGAGAACUGUGCUAUUUGCAUGAGAUGGGGGAGCUUUGAUGAAGGGCAAUAUGGCUUGAAGAAGGAGAGGGGUGAAAGAAAAUGUGAGCACCCUCCUCUCUGUAGCCACUGCCUGCCUACACACAAAAGCAAGGAACCUCCCCCAGUAGCAACCCACCAUCCUACCUGAAGAGGAUAAAGGACAUAGCAGCUCCCUUUUAUCAGCUGCUCCUAGCCCAGGCCUGAAAGUCCCAUGAGACAACAUAAAUACUGAAGGAAUUUCAGGAUCAGUCUGUUCUGUGGUGGCUCAGUGCCAAACUGAGUGGGGAGCACAACUAGUGAUUGUGGGGUAAAAUCCUGACUAAUGGGGAAGUGAAUUUGUUCAUCUUUGCUUCUGCUCACAGCAGCUGUGGACACAGCCCACAGGACAGUGGGGAAAUAGGAGUAUUUCUAUCUCUGUAAAUAGGGGGUGGGGAUCAGGCAGUGUUGACCUCCAAUACACACAUGCCAGAUGGGUUAGUAUUUAUCAUCCUACAGUUGCAGCCUGGGAAUUUUGGGGCAGAAUCACUGUGCAAAAUCAUAUUCAGACCAAAUUCUCAUAAAUAAUUUUAUUAUUUUGGAUACCCUCUGUUUAAUGUCUAAACCAACAAAUGACCAGAGCUUAGAAACUGUUUACUAAGUAGUAAAGUGAGACAUGAGCCAUGCAUAAAAUCAGUGCCACCCAUACGAGUAGAAUGGACCUUUGCAAAUCCCUGCAGUAAGAUGCAGCUUUGUCAAUUUAGAUCUCAGUAACUUUGAGAACUGAACUGAAACACAGUAGAAUAUAAACUGAUUUCCACUCCAGAGGAACCACUGCAAUAAAAUGUGCCAAAACAAAUAAUGCACAGCAGAAAUGCAAUAGAUAGUAAUUGCUUUUGAGAGUAGUUUUCAAGACAGCUGCAUUAUGAUGAAUUUUCCUGACAAAACUUUGCUAGAAGAUGUGUCCUGCUCUGCUGUAAAUGAGACCAUGGGUUGGCUGCUUGCCAAGCUUGUGCUGAGUAUGAUGCUGCAAGGGGCUCUGACCUCCCUGGCAAACCCUGAGUACAUCUCUGUCACUUCAGUUUGACCAGUCAACCCAUCGAGGUUUCUCUGCUGCUGGUCUGAUGAACAGAUUUCCCCGGAGUCCUUCAGAGCUACAUAGCAGAACACUCAAGAAGGAUGGCCCCUUUCUAUUUAUUAUAAAAAUAAAAUACAAAUAAUAGUAUAAUAAUAAAUGGAAUUCUAAUAGUCUCUAGAGAACUAAUUUAUGCCAUAUUAUUCUUGAUCUGAUUAUGGGUUUUGCUUAAAUCUCCAUGUGACAGUCCUGUAUGUUGUUUACUUAUUCCAGCUCCACAAGAGCACUACCUUCAAGGGAAUGAGAAAAAACUGCAACCUCAAUGCAUGGCACAGACAUUUUACAUAGCAAGCAGGCCAGCACACAUCAGAGGAUUUACUGUGAAAUCAUUUUGCAAUCAGCACAAGAUUGUUCUCCAUAGACCAUUCUUGACAGCAGCAUGUACUUCAUGAGCAGUUACACACCAGUUUUUAAAACCAAGUUAAAAAUGUAUAUUGGGACUGUUUUUCAGCCCGUUUGCUAAGAUUUUUGCAUUCUGUCCCAUACUGGUUUUACAGAUCUUAGAAUAAAAAAUGUAAAUUAACAACAUGGAAACUCUGACAAAAGAAAAAUCUAAGAAUAGAACAUCAUCUACUUUCAAGCCACCAAAUACUAUGACAGAAAACAUGUUUACAAAUCAGUUAUUUUUUAUUUUAAAUCUUUCUGAGGGGAGUUACAUUAUUGACCAUAUAUAUUAUAUAUAUAUAUAUAUAUAUAUAUAUAUAAAGUAUAUAGAGAGAUUGUUUAUUUGUAAAUAGAAAAAUUCUGUGGAGAAGAAUGUCAAGUUUUCACACUUUAAAAAAAUCAUCAACAUAAAGCCAUGUUUAAUGCUUGUACAAUGUGAUGUAAUAAACUUGAAAAAUAAAUUAUGCAUAUGAAAUAUUA